UUGGAACGGAAAUAGCGAUUUUCUUUCUAAAGGCGGGAUCAGGAAGCAGCGCUGUGUGAGUUAUUUUGGGCGCAUAGACACUGUGAACAGCAUCGCGUUUGUGGAUGAGGAUUGAAAUUUCUCAAUGAUAGUGUCCAGCUACUGAAAAAAGUCAACUUGAAAUCCCACAACCCUCUCUAAAACAAAUCAACAAUGUCGUCCACAUCACAAAAACACAAGGACUUUGUGGCAGAGCCCAUGGGGGAGAAGUCUGUCAUGGCACUAGCAGGAAUCGGUGAAGUGCUUGGAAAGAGAUUGGAAGAGAAGGGCUUCGACAAGGCAUAUGUUGUUCUAGGACAGUUCCUGGUGCUGAGGAAAGACGAGGAGCUGUUUCGGGAAUGGUUGAAGGAUACGUGCGGAGCCAACACCAAACAGCAAGGCGACUGUUAUAGCUGUCUGAGAGAGUGGUGUGACUCUUUCCUGUAGUUGACUUUUUUUUGUUGUUGUUGUAUAUUAAUUUCCCCCCACUCGUAUGCAGAAUAUAUGUACCUCACUCUCAAUUUGACAUUUUGGGCAUCAUCUUUGGAUGUUAAUAUUAAUUCUUAGUACAGAAUCUCACUAGAAGGCCUUUAGAUGGGUACACUUGUAAUAUCACUGCUCAUUUUGUAUUGUUCAAACAUCAUUCACGCUGGAUCUUUAGUUUUGGGGGUGUGACACCGAAUUAUCCAAAAAUCUAUUCAUAUGCAUUUCCGUUCUAAGCUGUACAUGCACCAGUAGUCCAAAUACAAGAGUCACAUAGUCUUUCCUCUUCACGGUUUAUGAUGUUUGAAGGUUUUAACUAUGUCCAAAAUGUGCCACAGUGCUUAUAAGCUUUUAAAGGUUUAUGUGAACUGUUCUCUGAUAUGUAUUAUCCAAAGGAUCAGAUGCAUAAUGUCAAAUGGUUUUAUGCUCCCCAACCCCUAAAUUGCCUUAAUAAAAAUCUGGAAUUGUUUUUAACUGUUCAUCUGUACCUGAAGAUGCGUGGGCUGAUUCAUUCUGCAUUGUGUAGCUGCUUAAUUCACAUCUUGGUUGACAUUUGCUGCAUUCAGAUAUUUAAAAUGCUACACGAAUGGUCUAAGAAACACUCAUAAAUGUUCUUAUGACUCUAAAACUGUUUCUGAAACUUUUUGUGUUGUGCAUUUUAAUUCUUUUGAAAUAAACUGAAAAGUAAUAAUUGA